AUGCCCACCACACCCGCAUUCAACCCUCCCUCGCCUUCGCUGCCCGGCAAGCCGACCGUGCUGCCCUGGGUCCCGCCGGCGCCGACGAAGGAGACACAUAACUUUGCCGAGCUACACACUAUCGACUUGGCGCUCAUGGACAGCGAGGACCCGGCGGUCGUCAACGCGCUCGUCGAGCAGGUCAAGGGCGCGAUUCGGGACGACGGGUUCUUGUUCCUCGAGAACUAUGGCGUAUCGCUUGAGCAGGCAAGUGGACGCAUCGAGGCGGACAAGGCACGCCUGCUCUUCCACCCGGACACUGGGCGCUGGGCCGGCUACAAGCACCCGUACGGCUUCAAGUUCAACUGGUACACGCGCGAGUGGGAGGACGAUGCGUUCAUCCCCGAGUGCCUGCACCCGUUCAUGGACGAGAUCCGCGCGUUCGCAGAGUACUUGACCGGCAGCGUCAACCGGCGCCUGCUGACGUUGUUUUCGCGUGUGCUCGAGCUGCCAGACGACUACCUGUGGAACCAUGUCCAGAGCCACGGCAGCCCCAGCGGCGAGGGCUACUUCCGGCACGCACUCUUCCGGCCCGUGGGGCGCGACACGGCCGCCAAGUCGCGCGGGCUGCGCAUGCACGGGCACACGGAUUUCGGGACCACGACGCUGCUCUUCUCGGUGCCCAUCUCGUGCCUCCAGAUCUGGGGACACGACGAGCAGUGGCACUAUGUGCCGUACAAGCCUGGCUGCCUCGUCGUCAACAUUGGCGAGACACUCGAGAUUGUGUCCGGCGGGCACUUCAAGGCGACGCGCCAUCGUGUCUUCUCGCCACCGGCCGACCAGGCGCAUGAGGAACGCCUCAGCCUCGUGCUCUUCAACAGCAGCGUGGGGGACAUCCAGAUGACCCCGGCGAGGGCAUCCCCCCUCAUCCAGCGCGAAGGCUGCAUCGAAGAGCAAGGCGUGUACCGCGAGUUCAAAAAGGUCAUGGACGCCGGCGCGUCCGUGCCGACCAACAAGCAGUGGCGCGAGAUCCAGAUCGCCAAUGCGACCGACCCGACCGACAGCGUGCGCAACCGCCUCGGCGCGGACCAGGUGCUCAUCGGCGGCAAGCUCAUGAACCAGCGCGACUUUAUGGGCGUCAAGGUGACUCUGCCGGUGUAA